GAGGGCGGGGAGGAGAUGCAGGAUACCGUGGGGCUAUGCUGCACCUGGGACAUCCCACCACCCGCUGGCACCCAGGCUAAGUGGGUGAGGCUUAAUGUGGGGGGCACCGUCUUCCUCACCACCAGGCAGACCCUGUGUCGGGAGCAGAAAUCUUUCCUGUGUCGCUUGUGCCAGGGCGAGGAGCUGCAGUCGGACCGGGAUGAGACUGGUGCAUACCUAAUAGACCGGGACCCCACUUACUUUGGACCUAUCCUGAACUUCCUUCGUCAUGGGAAGCUGGUCCUGGAUAAAGAUAUGGCUGAAGAGGGGGUCCUAGAAGAAGCUGAGUUCUAUAACAUUGGUCCUUUAAUCCGAAUAAUCAAGGAUCGACUGGAGGAGAAGGACUACACAGUAACUCAGGUGCCUCCUAAGCAUGUCUACCGUGUGCUACAGUGCCAGGAAGAGGAGCUCACUCAGAUGGUUUCCACUAUGUCGGAUGGAUGGCGCUUUGAGCAGCUUGUCAACAUUGGCUCAUCCUAUAACUAUGGGAAUGAGGAUCAGACAGAGUUCCUGUGUGUGGUCUCCAAAGAGUUGUACAACUCCCCAAGUGGCCUGAGCUCUGAGCCCAGCCACAAAGCCAAGAGCACAGAGGAGGACCUGGAGGAGGAAGAGCAGGAGGUGGAGGAGGAGGCAGAAGCAGAAGCAGAGGAGAAAGCUGUUACAAGCCAGAGGUCUGAGGAUGUAGCUGGUCUGGGCUUGUGGCCAGAGGGAAAAUACAGAGCCACUGCCCUUUUCUGGGACACCUCCACUGCUCGCGGGGUGUCCCUGUGCUGGAUGUCACGUUCCUUGGUGUCUCCUUCCCUGUCAGCCAGAGCAGCCCUGUGUGGGCAGGGUGAGGAGGAGACAGGCAUGCUGCCCGGGUACCGGGAACACGCUGGCACCUGA